UCUAUUCACUCUUAAAUAAACAAACGCUUAUUCGCCGAAGAAGUGAUCAAUCAGCAGCUGAUCGAUCUGUCAAAAUCAUGGGAGGUGCAGAAAGUAAAAAGAAAGAAGCUGAAAUUUUACAACUUUUCAGUGUGGAAGAAAGGCAGAAUAUUCAUAAAUUAUUUCAACACAUUUCUCCAAAUCAGUCAAUCACAGAACCAUUUCUAAAGAAACAUAUAGAAAAGUUCAUAAAUCUCGACUUAGAUGUGUUCCAUGCUGUCUGCCAUUGUGGUAUAAAUAAAGGACAAAUUCAAGACAAGCAUGUUACAGAAGUACAGUUUGCCGGGUUCCUUGCUCAAUGUCUGAAGGGUACAUACUCUGAAAAAGCAGAUGUUUUCUGCCUGUUGAGUGGGCGGGAUGAUGGCUUUGUUCCAGUGAGGAAAUUAUAUCAGACAGUGAACAAUGUUAUCAAAAGUUAUCUCCACAUUAGUAAGAGUGACACACCUUGUAAAACAUGGAAAUAUCAAGUAUCAUCGGAAGAUGUUUCUAGACUUUCUAUUUCAUUCCUAGCUCAGAACAAAUUCUGUGACAUUGACAGGGGAGUAGAAGAGAAUAGCCAGAAUGAAAUUGAUGUGGGAGGAGGAUACAAGAGCCAAGAUGAAGUUGAAGACUGGCUCUCAAAGUGUCAUAUGUUCCUGAAAAUGUUUGACAGAGUCUUUUAUCAUCUGUUUCCUGUGAUAUCGAAAGACAGUGCACAUAAUAUAAUACAGUCAUUCAUGCCAGCAGCAUCUAAUGUAGAUUGGAAUAAAACUACCACAAUAUUAGAAACAUUAUCAAUCAGUUAUAUAAACUACCACCUUCCCAGAGAGCAUCAGUCAAUAUGGCGACUUCUAUAUAGCAACAGUCUCCAUGGUGACAGCUUCGCUCAGUUGACACGCUACGUUCUUGGCAAGGGGCCAAAUGUAUUGUUAGUCAAAGACAAAGAUGGACAUGUGUUUGGAGCUUAUGUUUCUGACAGUUGGGAAAUUAAACCUACAUUUUAUGGUAGCUCAGAGUGUUUUCUGUUUUCUAUCAAACCUAAUUAUGGUGUGUACACUACAACUGGUUACAAUUCUAACUACAUUUACUUCAACCAAGGACAAGAAACAAUGCCAAAUGGCUUGGGACUUGGUGGACAACUAGAUUAUUUUGGACUAUGGAUAGAUUAUACAUUUAACAAUGGUCACAGUAAAGCAGUUCCUAAAUGUACGACAUAUGGAAGUCCACAGCUGUCAAAAAAUGCAGAUUUUUCUGUAGAUAGUAUUGAAAUAUGGGCUGUAGGACCAGAGAGGAAAAAACAUGACUCAGAUGAUGAGGAAUCCCGGGUGAGCAUAUUGGAUAAAGAUAGUGGCGCUAAGGCAUUACUGGAACUGGCCGGUAAAAAGCAGCAUUCCGAGGGUAUCCGAGACCUUGAAGAGGACGAGGCCCCCUUGACGGAGGAAAUGAAAAAGAAAAUGAAUGUCAUUCCAAAAAUGAUGUAGAACUUAGAAUAUAUUAGCAAUAUAUCAGGGAUGUGGUUUAUGACAUACAGAUAUUUUCAUAACCAGAUAAUAACUGUAAUUGACUGUGAAAGAGGUGAAAAAGGAUUGAACAAAAUUGAAGCAUGUGGUUGUAUAUUAUUAGAACAAGCUUCAUUUAUACAUGUAUGUGAUAAAACUUUGUCAUUCAAAUUUAGUGAUAAAGAAUAGGCAAUCCUAUAUAGGAUAGAAUAAAAUAAAUGUGGAGUAAAUUGAUUAAAAGGACUUCUAUGCGAUACAUAAGAAUUGAUCUGUGACAAGAGAAUUAGCUAAUGUGGAAUAGGAGUUUCUUUUGAAAACAGCGAGUGAUUUUUAUGCAACAGGAAAAGUUAUGUUUAUUGUAGUUGCUUUGAAUAAGUUCUAACUUUUAAAGGCUUUAUUAGUUAAGCACAAUUAAAACAAUCUAUAUCAAGACUUGAGUAUUUCCAUGGAGUGCUUGCAUAUGACAAUUGUGGGAGUUACUUGUAGCAUUUGUUGGAAAGACAUGGCAUUUUUGGUUGGGCCAUAGUAGUUGUCAUAAUACACAUCUACAUGUAUAGACUAACUAGAGUUAGCUAAGUUUCACUGUUGUUAUCAGUAUGAUACUAGGAAUACUGCCUGAAAUUUGUACACAUGACGGAUACAUUUAUUAUGUUGUAUAAAUAACAUAUGACAGAUAUGGUGAUAUGUUAUAUUUAUCACAUACCCAUGGUGCGUCUGUGACUCCAUAAAAACGGCAUUUCACAGCUGUGCUUUAUUUCGAUGUGACAUUAUUUGUGUUAUAUACCAACAUAGCGGAAAGAGGAGCAAAAUUUUAGCAUUACAGUAUAAGCAAGUCCAUGAAAGAAAGAUUCUUUUUUCCUGUUAACAAAUUUUGUUUCAGGUAUGUGAUAAAUAGAAUUUAUAUUUGUGUAGCUUCAUUACUAAAUUUAUUAACUUGUUGAAUAAAAUAAUAUUUUGCUCACCAGAGGCUUACAUAAUAUAAUUUUAUUCAACUUGUUCAAUAAAUUCAGUAUUGAACAUAUACUCAUUCAGUAUCCUCAAUAUGUUGUAUACUAUGUUAUUAUUAUAUAGGGUGAUAUAAUAGUUUUAAAUGAAUAAGACUUCAAUUUGGAACAAAACAUUAAAAUUUUAUGACUGUGUAAUUAUAUAAAUAGUGUUGUUUGUUGCAAUUAUUUAUAGGCAAGGUAUUUGAUAUUCAGUCAGUUGAUAUGAAUAAGUGAAAUGGUUGUAUGAACUGAAUAUUUUGUUGCAUUUAUUUAUUUAUUAUUUUAUAUUACUGAUUAUUGAAUGUGUAAUUUAUUGAAGUAAAAGCUCUUGUCUAUGCAAUGAAUACCAUUCAUAUGAAAAUGGUUAGUGAUAAAAUUAAGGAUCCAUGUAAUUGAAUUCUAAUAUUUCAGGGUUGUUUUAUGUCCCCCUAAAAGGAUGAUCUGCAGUUUUCUUUCUAAAAAUCCUUCUUAUAUGGGAGGAGGGGAGUGGGGCUGAAGUUGUUUUUAGAAGUUCAUAUGCUUCUACUUGUUUAUGGAUUGGUAUUACUACUGAUUUACAGAUCUAAAUGUAUCUGUUUUCUUUUUAAUGUGUCCAGGUGUCCAAAAAGAGAAUUAUAUAGAAGUGUCAUGACAAGAGUAUCUUUACUAAAACUACUUAACCUUCAAGUAGGUUUUAUCAGGUCAGGAUAUUGUGAGGCACAGAAGCACCAAGUGUGAUCCAUUCUAGAAAAUUCCAUGAGAGCCAAAUGCAAGAAAUACAACAUGUAUAUCAAAAUAUCCUUUUAAUGGCCCUUGUAUUAUACAUGCUUGUUUAUUUAUGAUAAUUCUUCUAAAAUAAUGUAGUGCCAGUAAUGCCACCUCAGAUCACAUUUUUUGCAUGUGAUGCAAAUAUGUACAAUAAAAAAACAGCAACAUUGAUACAGGUAUAUAAUAAAAAUUGGAUUUAGUUUUUGAAAUUAUUUUUUGUCCAAUAAGAUUGCAGUCUAUUUCAAAUGAAUCGUAACAAAUUUUAUUAGGUAAAUCGGCAA